ACAAAUAAAUUCAAAAUCUUCCAGAACCACACAGACUUUACUAGAACAUUCUAGAAAAAUUUAAAAGCUUCCACAAUGUUCUACUACUUUUAUAAACCUUAUAAAAGACGAGACAUUUCACCUUUCACCACAUUUAAGUUUGUAUCUGCUUGCAUUCAAGUCGAAGAACGGUUUUUACCACUGAUUAAAAAGUAUUUAAAGUUUGUGAAAGUUAAAAUAAAUUUUAUUAAAAGAUGUCCAUGUUUCCAUACCAUCAACCUUCACCUAUGGAUAUUUUCGAAGAUCCUUUCUUCCACGGAGGUUUGGAACCGCGUUUUGGAUUGGGAUUGUUACCGAGCGAUUUUCAUACGAAUCGAAUUGUUCCUCGUUCUUCUACUCAUCAUUUGGCGACCGGUUAUCGUCGCCCAUGGGCAAUUGCACGCCAGGCUGCUAAUGAACUAGCCCGAGAUCAAAAGAAUUUGCAUUUCGGAAAGGAUGGAUUCCAAGCUUGUGUUGAUGUUCAUCAUUUUGAACCAUCUGAAAUUACUGUGAAGACUGUUGAUCAUACCAUUCUCAUUGAAGGGAAACAUGAAGAAAGAGACGAUGGACAUGGUUCUGUCCAGCGACAUUUUCUUCGCAAAUAUGUUUUACCCAAAGAAUAUGAUGUUAACACAAUCCAAUCAUCAUUAUCUUCUGAUGGUGUUUUGACAAUCAAAGCACCACCACCACAAGCUAUCGCUAGUGGUGAACGUCACGUCCCUAUCACUCAUACAAAUGCACCGGCUCAUUUGAGUUUGAAGUUAAACAAGCCACAUGAUAAUGAUAAGAAUGGCAAGAAUGAAAAGAAAUAAGAUACUGCUCUAAUACUUAAUCAGAAUUUACCUUUGGAUGCUUUCAUUUUGUCUUUUCAUAACUUUCUAUUAUAAGUGUUCAUUACAAUCUAAAUCUACCUAAUAAAGCUGAUGCCGGAAUCAAUUUAACAGUAAUAAAUGAUAA